CCACUCACUACAAAGUCUGGCUGUCUGAUCAUCGCAAGGAGAAGCUGAGCCCAUGUUGUGCCUGGGGAGUGUUGGGUAUGUCCAUUUGCCCCUUGACAAUCUGUUUUUUCUACAGCAGGAAAGCCAAGGCAAGAGGCCUGCUCAGACCUGAGGACAGAAAGAGCCUGCACAACUGGAUUUUGUUACUGGCCAAUUUCAACUCCUGUGUCAUUUGGAUGAACUUCUUUUGAUGCCCAUUUCCUCCAGUGGGGAAGCUGAGUUGAACAUAGCUCCUACAGCAGCCUGAAGUCACAGCGAUGGGUGUUAGGAGAGGCUGGACCUAGAGCAUAGGUAGAAACCCCUCUGCUUCCCAGGGCCAGGUGCAAGAGCCUGGUCUGUGAGAACUAAGUGCCCCCCCCAACUGCCGUCUUGAUGGAUGUGCACGCCAGAGAAUGUGGGAUUUGCUAUGAAGCCUACAGGGUGCCUUCUAGGUGGCGGGUGCCCAAGCUGCUUUUGUGCCAUCACUCCCUUUGCCUCUCCUGCCUCCGGAAGCUGGUCUGCCACAACAGGGCCUUCUCCUUCAUCAGCUGCCCCUUCUGCAGAACAGUGACGCUGGUGCCAGAGCAGGGGCUGCAGGCUCUGAAGAAUGACGAGGACAUCCUGCGGGAGACGUCAGCCCAGAGCAGCCUGCCCGCCUCUGGUGUCUUGGCAGCCGAGCACAAGGCCCAGGAGGAGGAAGAGGAGGAGGAGGAACCCCCCAGUGCUUCUGAAUGUUCCUUGAGUGACUCCACGCUGUCCCUGGACAUGGACUUUAACUACGUGACCCACUCAUCCAUCUUCACUGUCAGCAGCACGGUCCCUCCAAACGCCAUCCGGGUUCCAGCCAGCCCUGGGGCCUGGCAUGGGUUCCACAUGCAGGAGAUGCAGAACACCUUUGUGGUGGGGCUCCCGAGCCGGGUGACACCUGUGGACAUUCAGCCACCCAUCUCCUCAGUGGAGAAUCUACGCCUGUGCUUCGCUGUGGGCAUCAUCAUCCUCAUUGUGUCCAUCUUCUUCAUGCUCGUCUUUCUCAAGUAGGCAAGGACUUUGGGAGGUGGACCAAGGAUGAGCCUAACUCAGUGGGCUUGAGGAAAGCACAGACUGGGGUUUAAGCUGCAGGGACGGGUCUUUCCGGAUGGAUUGACUGUGUUGGGACAUGUGAAUCCUGCAGGAGCCUGGAUGCUGCUUCUGCACAUCUGAGCUGCCCUCCCCCUGAUAAAGACUCAUUGAGCCAUGCAAGUGGUGUCCACUGGUCCUGAGGCUGUUACAGGGGCUUCACUGGGGGCAGAAGGGCCAUAUUCUGCCUUCAGCCAUGGCAGCUGGCUAAUGACAUGAGCCUUUGGGGAAAUAGGGCUUGGUUUCUGGGUUGCUUUCUAGUCCAUGAGUGUUUGGAGAUAGUAUUUGCUUCCAUGUGCAGGAAGCACCACACUGUACUUUACCAUGGCUGAGUUGGUUGGAUAUGGGGUCAGGCUAAUGAGCUCUGUAGGACUGAAUGCCCUGGCUGCAUUGUAUGGGAAGUGGUGGGAGGGCAAGUUGUGAGAAAAGCAGAGAAAAGAUCAAAUUGGGCAGAUGUUCCCAGCUCGACCCCAAAACCAAGCUACUCAGCAUGACAGGCCUCUUGUGAAAAGGGUCAUACACUCAAGGGUAGGGCCUAUGGUAAUCUGUUCUAUCCCACGUGGAUUUUACCAAAUGGCCAGCUGCUCCCCUGUGAGUGGCAAGGCUUCUGCUCAUCUGAAACACCUUUGGGAGAGCUUGUGUGGGGGAAAUUGCUUGCCCAGCUAGCUUUGUCUCCUCUUUGCAGUGUCAGUAGUGCCAGCUGCACAGGUCCAAACACCAAGGUUUGGGCCUCCUAAAGCAUAAGCUUAAAACAAAAUAAUAAACCAUAUAUUGUUUUUUC